GUUUCUCUCUCUCAUACUCUGCGCCCGUCCCUAUCCGACACCCGCCGCCACGCCCGCGCCCCUGCGCGGCUUCCGGCCGCCGCCGUUUCUGUCACCCCACCGUCCUCCGCCGCUCCAUCGCAGGUCGUGCGUGACUUCGCCUGCUCGCCUCUACUCGCCAUCGCCGGUAGCCACCCCUCCCCACUGCUCCUCCCUCCGAUCCUCCGCCGGCAGCCGCUUGGGGUGCCGCAGCUACCGGCGUCUCGCUACAGGAGAUCUAUUAAGGGCUAUAAAUGGCAGGGAGGCACCGCAUAAGCCGCCAGUACUAUGAGGAACCACGAGGAUUUCGUGAUGGUUCUCCUCCUCGACUUGCACGAGAAAGAUCUAUCUCACCACGUCGCUUCGAGGGAGAGCUGUCUAGCCACCGUGGUGAGAUACGGAGAAUCCGUGAUGACAACCAACAUCUGGUGGAUGAAAUUGUUGGACUCAGGCAAGCAAUGUCUCAUUUGAAAGAUGAUCUCCAUUCCUCGAGUCAGGCUAUACCUAAGCUCCGCGCAGAGAAAGAACUUGAAUCGAGGGAGCUGACUCAGAGGAAUCUGAAGCUGGAAGCUGAGCUACGCUCUUUAGAACCCCAUAGGCAAGAGGCCUUGCAGCUACGAUCUGAAGCAGGCACGCUGCAGUCUUUGAGGCAAGAGUUGACUGCAAAGGUGCAGGGUCUAACAAAUGAGGUUGAGCAUCAGAACUCUGAAAAGCAGUGCAUACCUGCCAUGGUAGCUGAACGUGAUGGUCUGCGGCAGGAACUAAUUCGUACUAGGGCGGCUCUUGAUUAUGAAAAGACUGCAAAGGCAGAGCUGAUGGCACUGGUGCAGGCAGUGGAAAAGGAUCUUGUAACUAUGGCUCAGGAGUCUGAGAAGCUUAGGGCUGAGAUUGAGAAGAGAAGGCCACCUAGUUUCAGCGGCCAUGGAGCUUACGGACCACCUAUCACAACUCCUGGGAUGGGCUUGCAAGGCAUCUACGACAGCGGCUAUUCUUACAGAGAGAACCGCUACGGUGCUGGACCAUGGGAUCCCCCUGGCUAUCCGCACCCAUGAUUUGGGCUUUUGAUCCUUGUCAGAGUUCAUCACCAUCAGUACUUGCGGCAAAGUUCCUAUCUUCGCACUGAAACUUGUGGUGACUCGUGUUUUUGUGGCACAUUUGAGUGUUGCCAUAGCUUUGUUGGCAAAUGCCACAACGUUGUACCAGCUCUCCUUAUAUUGCACCAUUGUUCAGAAAAUUGUUACCGUCAUAGAAGGCAAUUGAUCACAUCAUAGGAACGAAUAUAUAAUUUGAACUCUAGAAAAUUGUAACAAUGCGUCAAGCCUUCUGAAGGUAGAUUGCCCUUUCA